CAACCGCAGCUAUAAAAGGAGGUGCUUCCUUGCGCGGCAUUGAAGUCUCUCCUGAGCCGAGGGAGGAGGGGCAGCAGUUCUCACUCCCAUACUUUCGGAUUCUCCUUAGAUUACCUCUCUUGUGAUUGUGUGAAUCUAUAAGCGCCUUAGGCUGCAGGCAUGAAGGGCGUGACGGUGAUUCUCUGGGUGGGCGUCGUGGCGUGGGCGGCAGCGGCUGUGGGUGAUGAACAGCUCUCAAGAAAGAAAAGGGAGCCUCAGCGACCCAACUUCAACUUUGGAGGGCAAGGCUUCCAGGGCAAUAUUCCAAUACCGUUCGGAAAUGUAGGCUUUAACUUCGGCGGUCAAAGCCCAGGAAGGCCAAGACGACCAGGCAGACCCCAGCAACAACAGAGACCUCAGCCAUUGCAACAAAAUACUCCUCAGACUUUCGAAAGAGGUCCCAACGGUAGCUUCCAACCUUCCAACAAUCGGCCUGGUUUCACCCCUGGCGGCCGACCCGACUGCACGGGCAACAGGAGAAACUCCCGACGAUGCCAGAACCGGCCGAGUGGCGGCCAGGCUCUUGGACAGGGAGGAGGAGUAAGCAGUGCCUUCCAGCAGAUUCCUUGGCUGAGCCAGCUUUCCAGGGACCAGCAGAACCUCCUCAUUCCAAAUCUGCCGAAGACGCCUUCAGGCGGGGCUCAGAACCGCUUCUUCUUGCUCGGGACGGGAAAGCCCGACGUGCCCUUCCAGCAGUGCGUGACGCCCAAGUUCGAACGCGGGAAUUGCCGUUACCUCCAGCACUGCAUUCAGCCGGAGUUCGCCAACAACUUCAACGUGUUCCUUCGAUAUGUCUGUUUCAUUGAGGGAGUGUACGUCGGCGUGUGCUGCCCCGACACCUUUAACAACAACAACGCCACGCCCCCUCCGCCGCCCACCACGCCGAAGCCCACCACGCCACGCCCCGUCACCCCGCCGUCACAGUCUCGGGGUUGCGGACAAAUCGCCAAGAAGCCGCCCACUCGCAUCGUGGGCGGAAAGGACGCCGACCCCCAGGAAUGGCCGUGGAUGGCAGCCCUCAUGAGGGACGGGGCGUCCAGCUACUGCGGUGGCGUCCUCAUCACCGACAGGCACAUCCUCACGGCCGCGCACUGCGUUGACGGCUUCGACCGCAACACGAUCACGGUGCGGCUGGGCGAGUACACCUUCGACUUGGCCGACGACACCGGCCACGUGGACUUCCGGGUGGCCGACAUCCGCAUGCACAAUGCCUAUGACACGACCACCUACGUGAAUGACAUCGCCAUCAUCAAGUUGCAAGGAAGCACCAACUUCAACGUCGACAUCUGGCCCGUGUGCCUUCCCGAGGGUGACGAGUCGUACGAGGGCCGCACAGGGACAGUCACAGGCUGGGGCACCAUCUACUACGGCGGCCCCGUAUCAAGUACCCUGCAGGAGGUGACGGUGCCCAUCUGGACCAACAAGGCUUGCGACGACGCCUACGAACAGAACAUCAUCGACAAGCAGCUGUGCGCCGGCGCCACGGACGGGGGGAAGGACUCGUGCCAGGUGAGACGCCUUCUGUUUAGUGCAUUUUGUGUGUUGCAAAGGGGCCUUGAUUUGUGUCGCGUUCUUUUCUUUUCGACCUCCUCUUCAGAAACUCCUCUCUCUCAGCGACCCAACUUCAACUUUGGAGGGCAAGGCUUCCAGGGCAAUAUUCCAAUACCGUUCGGAAAUGUAGGCUUUAACUUCGGCGGUCAAAGCCCAGGAAGGCCAAGACGACCAGGCAGACCCCAGCAACAACAGAGACCUCAGCCAUUGCAACAAAAUACUCCUCAGACUUUCGAAAGAGGUCCCAACGGUAGCUUCCAACCUUCCAACAAUCGGCCUGGUUUCACCCCUGGCGGCCGACCCGACUGCACGGGCAACAGGAGAAACUCCCGACGAUGCCAGAACCGGCCGAGUGGCGGCCAGGCUCUUGGACAGGGAGGAGGAGUAAGCAGUGCCUUCCAGCAGAUUCCUUGGCUGAGCCAGCUUUCCAGGGACCAGCAGAACCUCCUCAUUCCAAAUCUGCCGAAGACGCCUUCAGGCGGGGCUCAGAACCGCUUCUUCUUGCUCGGGACGGGAAAGCCCGACGUGCCCUUCCAGCAGUGCGUGACGCCCAAGUUCGAACGCGGGAAUUGCCGUUACCUCCAGCACUGCAUUCAGCCGGAGUUCGCCAACAACUUCAACGUGUUCCUUCGAUAUGUCUGUUUCAUUGAGGGAGUGUACGUCGGCGUGUGCUGCCCCGACACCUUUAACAACAACAACGCCACGCCCCCUCCGCCGCCCACCACGCCGAAGCCCACCACGCCACGCCCCGUCACCCCGCCGUCACAGUCUCGGGGUUGCGGACAAAUCGCCAAGAAGCCGCCCACUCGCAUCGUGGGCGGAAAGGACGCCGACCCCCAGGAAUGGCCGUGGAUGGCAGCCCUCAUGAGGGACGGGGCGUCCAGCUACUGCGGUGGCGUCCUCAUCACCGACAGGCACAUCCUCACGGCCGCGCACUGCGUUGACGGCUUCGACCGCAACACGAUCACGGUGCGGCUGGGCGAGUACACCUUCGACUUGGCCGACGACACCGGCCACGUGGACUUCCGGGUGGCCGACAUCCGCAUGCACAAUGCCUAUGACACGACCACCUACGUGAAUGACAUCGCCAUCAUCAAGUUGCAAGGAAGCACCAACUUCAACGUCGACAUCUGGCCCGUGUGCCUUCCCGAGGGUGACGAGUCGUACGAGGGCCGCACAGGGACAGUCACAGGCUGGGGCACCAUCUACUACGGCGGCCCCGUAUCAAGUACCCUGCAGGAGGUGACGGUGCCCAUCUGGACCAACAAGGCUUGCGACGACGCCUACGAACAGAACAUCAUCGACAAGCAGCUGUGCGCCGGCGCCACGGACGGGGGGAAGGACUCGUGCCAGGGUGACAGCGGCGGCCCCCUCCUCCUGCAGCAGGGCUCGGAGAACAGGUGGGCGGUUGCGGGCGUCGUCUCAUGGGGCAUCCGGUGUGCGGAGCCCGGCAACCCCGGUGUCUACACGAGGGUCAGCAAGUACGUUGACUGGAUUAAAAAUAAUGCAGUCUAAGGGCGGCCGAGACAAGAGAAGAAGGCGGUGGAGACAGGAGUAGUGAGGCCGAAGAAAAGGAAGAUAGAAAAAGAAAGGAUUGCUGCAGGAGCGACAAAGGAAAAAAAAUAUACAGUGUACGUAAAUGAGCUAUAAGCUAAAAAGGAUUUUUUCCCAUUUUUUAUUCAUGCUUCGUGACUGAAAACAAACAAAAUAGGUUCAAACAAAAAAGAAAAUAAGGGGAAAUUCAGGAACAAUAAAAACGAAUAAAACGCGGCGCAAAUAAGGAGGAACAGGACGGCAAGAAGGAGAAAGGGAAACGAAGGAAGGGAGGAGGAGGGAGAGACCCGCGGGAGAAGCGCAGUUGUCUCAUUAACUGAACAGAUCAAAGGAGUUCCCCUUGAAUGGAGAGGAAUAAUCGACGGUGCAAUCAGCUGAAGGAAAAUAUAAAAGUUACAUAAAUUAUAAUUAAUCUUCUUGUUCUUUUAUUCAUAAUAAUAAAUGUCCAUCGAAAA